UAGUUGCUAUGAGUCGGGACCUCCUGUACCGACCGACACUGUCGCAAACAUUAACGCUCUAUAUACCACAUACUUCCACCGUUAUCUACUUAAAUGCCAGCUAAAUGCGUUUCUAGCGAGAUGUAAAGUAAUCCGCGACCGAGCUCGGGUGCCGGCCGCGAUGUCACGGUGAAAAUCAAUAAAUCUCCCAGUGGAACUCUUACAACGUAUUGCAUGCGACUCAGUGACUCCGUUACCAGUGUAACAAAUGCAUACAUCGCGAGUGAAUGCGAAGUGUACUUACUUUCCAGUGAAAUCCAAAGGUCGAUAAAGCGGAUUCCCGAUGUUCAAUCACAAGUUACCGUCUGACUUUCCAAUGCAAACCCUCCGUAAGAAAACCAGCCCUUGCAAAUACAAGAACGAGCCAGGACGCUUCCUCGGCGAAGGGGUAUCGUUUCGCGCCAAACUAAUCGGCGUACUAGAAGUGCCCGAGGCGCGAGGUGAUAGGAUGUGCCAAGAAGCGCUAGCUGACUUAAAGAUGGCUAUCCGGGCGGCGGGGGAGCACAAACAGAGGAUACAGGUGCAUGUAGCCAUUGAUGGGUUGAGGCUGCGCGAUGACAAAACUGGGGACUCGUUGUACCAUCACCCCGUCCACAAGAUAUCGUUCAUCGCUCAAGACAUGACGGAUUCGCGCGCGUUCGGUUACAUAUUCGGCUCCCCAGAUACCGGCCACCGCUUCUUUGGCAUCAAGACUGAUAAAGCAGCUAGUCAAGUAGUUAUAGCAAUGAGAGAUUUGUUCCAAGUUGUGUUCGAAUUAAAGAAGAAGGAGGUUGAAAUGGCGAAGCAGCAACUCGAAGGAAAGAUCUUACCAAUGAGAACCCACGUGAUCCCAAUCUCAGAUCCUAAAAUACCUAAGACUAUACCGACGCUGGGGGAGUCCAGUUCUUCCAUGUCAAAGCCGGAAGCGAAAGCAGAAGGGGGCGUCGCGGAAUUGGUAGACUUGGAACAGGAACUGUGCUCGCUGAGGAGGGGUCUCACGCAAGUAGAGGGCCUUACGCCCUCUACAGAUCCGUUUGGGGACUCCUUUAUUGUACCUUCGCAGAAGGGUCUACUCCCGCCGCCUCCAAGCGGAACUACCGGGGCUAGAGGUCGCUCCGCACCGCCUCGAGCACCCUUCAGUCCCAGUAAACCCGCGUUGACCUUCGACCUCACCAACGUAGCGGGAGACUUUGAACCCAAACCCGCAACGUUGGUCGACGAAUUGCCUGAUCCCCCAGUACCGCCCGCAACGGCCGCGCCCGCCGCGUACGACGUGUUCACGGAGCUAGACCCGCUCGGCACCGGCCGGAGUAAACCUUACGUUGACAAAAAACUCUUCUUUCAGGAGCUCAAAAACCCACCAAAGAAAGUGCUCAAAGACCUCGUACCGUCGCAUUCCCUCUUAUCGGAGAUCAUGCCUCCGGAGGCGCCCAAGCCGGAGGCCUACGGACCGCCCACCACCAUGACCUCCCUAUCCCGCCACUCGGGGGGCUCGGUCGCUAUCGCUAAACCGCCUCAGCCGAGCUUUUCGUCAAAUUUUUUCACGUCCGACCCGUUCGCGGAAACCGAUCCGUUCGACAAUACCGACCCCUUCUCCGACACUUUCAAGGACGAUCCCUUUACGAGUAUGCAGGAGUUCCCUAAGAUCAGUUCGCUGAGAACGGAGGACCUGAGGAUCAAGCUUACCAGGGAAUUGAUGCAGGAUAAACCCGAGACGAGCUUAGAUACAGGAAAGAAUGUGUUUAACGGUCCUUUACAAGUCACCUUGCCUCCGGAGCCGGCUCCUAAAUCACCGAGACUCUCGAGACAGAAUACAGAUACGAGCACAAUAAGGCAACGUCCUCAACCUAUAUCCAAGCUAAACCCUGAAAACGCGUCGCCCCCUCCCCCCUUGCCUCCUAAGAAAGUGAGCGACGUGAGCAUCGUACCCCCUCCUAGGCCGCCUCAUGACCACGAAGAUACUGAAGGCUCUGAGACCCCACCGCUUCCUAAGCCUGCGAGGAAAAAGGAACCUUUAGCGGACCGCAGUAUAAAACCUCGGCAGGCGUCACUGGCAACCAACAGCAGUGAGGACGAGUACCUUACCCCGGCUCCGCCUCCCCUUCCGACAGCUAAGCGUUUCGAUAUCACUCUCAGCCAAUUACUCACUCUUACAAUGGAUGACCUGUCUGUAAGACUUCGAGUACCCGCCGCAACCUUGUCAUCAAUGACCCUUCCUCAACUAACCGAAUACCUCAGAUCUUAUGUAGCAGGAGAAACCGAAAAAGCGCAUAUACACGUGGAUUCGACAUUGCAAAUUGACAGACCAGAAAAAAAAGCUCCCGUUAUAAUACCAACCCCUACUAAAUUAUCCGAGAAGCCAAUACCACUGGCACCGACAACUACAGAAUUUAAACCCCAGUUUGAGGAUAAUUUCGCUCCGACGGAGAGCAAUGACGCUUUUGUAGCUAACUUUGAUGAUUUUGAUAUAAAGGCCAACUCAACUUACGAUAAAUAUGCAGCAUUUCGUGAAAUACAAGAACAAGAAAUGAACGCCAAAUCAUUAUUAGAACCUAUAGAAACAGACACGAAACUAGAAGACGACAAUGAAUUAACAAUAAUAGAGAAUUUAAUUAAAACCGAGGAACAAAAGAUGGAGGAUCGAAAAGAACUAGACAAAAGCCCAUUGAAAAGUUUAGACGAAUUGACGAUAGAUUCUUUCAAUAUGUUCCGGAAUUCAGUCAGCCCUAAACCGAUAGACGCAAAAAUCGAAGAUAUAAAGACUGUUAUGAAGAACUUACAAAUAGAAAGGGCGCGACGGAGCGUAUCACCGCGCGACAAUGGUAUAACCGAGACAAAACAGGAAGACCCAAAUGAUAGAUAUGCUGCAUUACGCGAAAUAACUAUAACCGAGCCUCCUCAAGACGAGUUUGAAUCGAUACCACCAGAAGUACCGAAGGAAAGGAAGAAAUCGGACGAGAAAUCAGAUGGAUUUGACAAUUCCGAUUUUUUUGACUGUAUCGAUAAUAGUUCGCUUUCAUUUAACGUUGAGGACGCGUUUAGAAAAAGUCCAGGAGUAGGAGUAAAAGAAAAAGAGGAGGAGAAAAAGGUUGAAGAGAUUAAAGAGACACCGGUAGAAGUAAUUCCAGUGAGAGAUUUACAACCUCCGAUGCGGCUUUCUGCAGGUUCUAUCAGCGAUGUGCCUAGUGGGUCCUCCCCGGACACUAAAGGACCAGUGCUGGGCGUUGGCGGACUGACUCGACUUGGAUGGACAGAAGGCUGGUCCUCUGAUUCUAGGGAAUCUGAGCCGCGCCAAAGACGUCGACGGACGCACAAUAGAGGGCCCUCAGUGCAAACAUCAUCAUCGUCUCGAGACGUAUCGCCUUGGGACGAAGAGCCGCCGUUGACGAGGUUGCCCCGACCUCCUUCACAUCGGGAUAGAGAAUCAAGACAUAACUCUUCCGGGUCUAGAGAGUGCCUUGACUCCGGCAGUGGAAGAGAGAAGGAGAAGAUUCGGGAAAAACGCGGUAGUAGAGAUAGAGAUUUAAAUAGAGACGGGAGGGAGUCGGCCAGAGAUAGACGAGACUCCGGCAGUGGUAGAGAUAGACGUGACGUCAGCAAAGAGAGAGAUCACAGGGACCAUAGAGAAAGCAGAGAUAGGCGGGAUCGAAGACGAGAUAGAGACAAAGACACCUGGAGUAGGGAUAGGAAUUAUAGUAGAGAAAGAGAUUAUAGGGACCCAAGAAGCAGAGAUAGAUCGAAGGACUAUAGGGACAUGGAUCGGCAUAGGAAACCUCGACAUUCAUAUGACGAAGAAGAUUACAGCGACGGUUGCGGGUCGGGAAGGUCUUCUCCGCGAGAUCGGUGGCUCGACCAGCGAUGGCGGAGAGAUGAUUCAAUGGGCGGCCUUAUCGCUAAAAAGCGAUCCGUACCUGGCAGCCCAGCAGAGGACAAGAAACAAGAAAGAAAUUACGGUUCACUCGGUUGGCGGGAAACGAGGCGAAGAAACGAAUUAAGACAAGGAGAGGAUCCCAAUGAAAGGAGGUACGGAUCAACUCUUGGCUGGCCAGGGCGUAGAUCAGCAACAAUAGCAUCUCGCCGAGAGGCCGAACGAGAGCUUAGAGAAGCAAGAGAUUCCCGCGACGCACGAGAUUCCGGUCGGGACUCCGGCAGAGAUUCCCGGGAUCCUCGAGAUUCGGGUCGUGAUUCACGAGACGCGCGGGAUUCGGGGCGAGAUUCGGGAAGGGACUCUCGAGAUCCGCGAGAUUCUGGGCGGGAAUCGGGACGGGAUUCUCGAGAUACACGGGACAGUAUUCGGGACUCGCGGGAUCCAAGGCGAAGGCGGAGGGAGGAACCACGUACGAGGCCCCGCGAUUAUCGGUUCUCAAACGACUUUUCCCCCCGGGAGAGGGAGCAUACGUCUCCUUUUGAUAAUGACUUCCAAGAUACGCCGACGCCGAACACUAAGAAAAGGGCGCCAUACGCUGCAUUGGACGCAACCAGAUUUGGCUUCGAGCAGGAAGACACAACAGCAUCCCCACUAUCAGGAAGCUCGGCCAGAGCACGCGACGGCGACUCCCCGGCAACUCGAUUCCGAUUCGAUUCAGACUCACUCUCGCCUCGAUCAAUGUUCGAGGACGACUUCACCACAAUAUCAACCCCUAGAGGGCGAACUGCAUCAAUAGCAGAGGAAGAUGAGGGUGACCUACCCCCGUUAAGGGCGAAACCCCAACCCGCUCCAGUGCACAUAAAGAAAUCAGACUCUGUAAACAUUUUCACGAGGGAAGCUGACCCUUUUGAGGGUGAUGCGUUCUUCGCAUGCACCGGAUCGGACCGUGUCGCUCGUAGAGAAAACUGGCCCGGGGAUUUUCAAGGGUUUGAUAACGCGUAAACCUUUAGAGUCUGCUUCGUCCGUCAAUAACGUGUUUUAAUUUUUUCUAUGUUAUAUACGAAUACCGGACUUAGAUUUUGUCAACUGUUUGGGAGUUCGCCUUUUAGAACCUAUGCCGCAUAAGAUGGGUUGGGGUGCGUCCAAACUGAUUAAUAUUUUUGCAUACAUUGUGUAUUGAAACUUCGAUAUAUAUAUUAAGUAUAUACGCCAUAUGUUUGAUAUGGAUUAUUACCAGAACUUUGGUAAAUGGAAUGGUUUGUUAAAAAGUCAAAUGUCACUUUCAUAUUUCGUCUCUGGAAUUGAUUAACGAAGAAAUUAUAGACUCAUCAAAUGAUCGGAUUUGUCAAAGUUUCUUGAAGAAAUGUUUAUAAAAUAUUAGGUAAAUUAAUCAACUAAAGUACGUAAAUAAAACGGUUAUUCCAUUUAUCCAUCCUUAAACAUACAACUCAGGACGGCGGAACCGAUUUUCACUUAUAAACCUCACUAGAAUCUAGUCGUUUUCGGUUCAGACGCAUCCUAUAAGUAGUUAUAUAAGUAUACUGUAUGUGUCCAACAUAGUUCAAUCCCAUGUAUUAAAAUAUAUUUGUACGAAGUCAAAUUAAAUGAACAUUAUGUUUUUUUUUUGAAAACGCUUGUUCUUGUACAUUUUUUAUUUAUUGAAUUUAGAAUAACAUUAUCUAGUGUUUAUUUCUUUUAUAUCAUGGAUUGAUGUUUGAUGAAAUGUUAUAAAUGCCUACAAAAUACUCGCGAUAUAAAAUUGUUUGGUGUUUUGCCCUACGUACGUGUAUUGGGUUAGGCCGUCUUUGAUAAAAAAUAAUGCAUUCAUAAAACUAAUCUGAUUUAAUAAUUUGAUUAUGACAUACAGAUUAUUUAUUUAUUUAAAUAUAGAUUAAUUUAUUUAAAUCAUUUUCUGUUAAUGCAACGAGGCAUAGGUCUUCGGUGUUUUGUCGAUAUUUUGUUUCCUUAAAAAAAAAAA